CUCCAGACGACUCCUUUUCCAUCAAGAGUGCGAAGAUAUCCUUCUUUCAAUCGCAAUUCGAGGACAAUGAUGAUGAGUGUCUGUUGAUAAUUUCACUUUCAUCAAUUUCUGCCGACUUGGAGUUUCCUCCGCCAGUUCGGUCAAAUCACUUAUCGCCCUGACUGAAGCGCGAUUCACAAGUCACAGAUUCAGCCUCGACAAUCCUCAUCGCGAGUCAACACACUCGCAUGUGGGUGCAGUGAUUUCUCCUUGAUUUGUCUCGGGAUUACAUUAUUUCUCGAUCAGCGCCUCAAUCCAUCAGCAUGGCGCCUUCCGUAACACCUCGAGGGAGAGGGCGACCGAAGAAGGUUGACAGCCUCACCAAAAGUGCGGCCAGCUCCAGACCUUCGUCUACCAAACCAGCUUCCCGAAACUCAGGACGAUUGUCAAGCAAGGCUCAACCCAAAGACGAAGAUUCUUUGUCUGUUAUGACCAUCGACACCGACGAGCUUCCAGGUCUAUCGGAUCUUGGUGAAUACGUCAGUGCAGCGAAACAGAAAUCAGGCAAAGGCCGCGCUUCGUUGUCAUCAGUUUCGACUUCCCACGAUUACAACGAGAGUAGCGGAUAUUCUACACCUGCUACCAGCGCAGUUGCUACACCUGUAGAGGUAAAGCCAUCAACUGGACGAAGAGGAAGACGACCUACCACCAUGUCCGCCUCCGUGCCUACUCCAGUUGUCAACGCUGUAGCAAGAGCAGCUGCUCUUCGAAACAGCCAGUUCUCUCUAAAUGCCUCCAAAAAAAGAAAGCUGGUUCUUAACUCGGACGAUGAAGAUGAUGAAGACAACAGCCCGGAUGCUCAGCUAGCACGAAGUCUACAAGAACAAGAGGAUGCUGCAGCUGCUUCGAUGGGUCGCUUUCCUGAGAUGCCUAUCAGACGAACACCUCGCAAGGUCCAGAAGAUCCUACCAAAGGCAGACUAUGUAUCAGACAUCGGGGAUAGCGACUCUGACAUGGCAGAAAUCUCUCCACCCACAUCCUUAUCCAAGAAGAAGGUUCAGGUUGAGCUUGGCUCUAAAGGCAAGAACUCAGUCACGUUCAGCAGCAAGAAGCAGGCAACAUAUAUUCAAGACUCCGAAGAUUCCGAUGAUUUCAUUGAGAUUGACGAUUCCGAAGAAGAAGAAGACGUCGAAGAAGACUCCGAUGCCCCUAUUGCGAUGUUCUCACCACGCAAAUCUAGCACUAUCAAGAAGAGCCCCGGAAAAGCGAUUUUCAAGAAGCCUGCAAUUCCAUCGCCCAAACGCGGUCGACCUAUCAAGGUAGCCUUGGCCGAGCCCUCGCAGUUGAAAAGAGAAGAUACCAAAACAUCAGCAUCGAGUCUCACUAGUGUCACUCCUACUGAGAGCGAAUUCAGUGAUUCUGAAUUAUCGUUAUUGGAUGAUAUGGACUCGGAUGCUUCGUCUGAUGCAUCUGACAUUCCUCGUCUUCCCACCGCUGCAGCUGCAGCUCCACGUCGUCACGUCCGCAGGUCUCAAGCAGAAGUUCGCAGACGCCUCAAUCUCGCGGAAGAUGUACACACUGGUAGAGCGAAGAAAGAGCGCGCUCGUCUCGAAGCUCAUCAUCCAGAAUUGCAUACCAUGUGGAAAGACUUGGAGAAUCUUCCCAAAAUUGGCUCCAUCACGAUUGAGCAGCCCAUGAACAUCAAUCGCGAACUCAAGCCUUUCCAACUUGAAGGUGUUGCAUGGAUGAGAGCCAUGGAGGAGACUGAAUGGGGUGGUGGCUUGCUUGGUGAUGAGAUGGGUAUGGGCAAGACCAUUCAAGCUGUCUCGCUCAUCAUGUCCGAUUGGCCUGCUAAGCAGCCAUCUCUCGUCCUUAUUCCGCCUGUUGCUCUUAUGCAAUGGCAGCAAGAGAUAUCUUCUUACACUGACGGAACCUUGAAGACAUUUGUGUUUCACGGAACCAAUCGACAAACCAACAAUAUCACUGUUAAGGAGCUGAAGAAGUACGAUGUCAUUCUCAUGUCAUACAAUAGUUUAGAGUCCAUGUACAGGAAGCAGGAGAAGGGAUUCAAACGUAAGGGUGGUAUGCAUAAGGAGAAGAGUGUUAUCCAUCAGAUUCAAUUCCACAGAGUCAUCCUUGACGAGGCUCACAAUAUCAAGCAACGAACCACAGGCUCGGCCAAGGCAUGCUUCGCAUUGAAGGCAGAUCAUAAAUGGUGCUUGUCCGGUACGCCAUUGCAGAACCGAAUCGGAGAGUUCUUCUCUCUUGUUCGCUUCCUCGACAUCAAGCCGUUCGCCUGCUACUUCUGCAAGCAAUGUCCAUGCUCUCAACUAAACUGGGAGAUGAACGAGGACAAUCGAUGCAAGGGUUGUAAUCACAGUGGCAUGCAACAUGUUUCGGUCUUCAAUCAGGAACUCCUCAAUCCUAUCCAAAAAUUCGGCAACAAGGGUCCUGGUGCUGAGGCAUUCCGCAAGCUUCGUAUCCUCACUGACCGCUUCAUGCUUCGACGUGUCAAGCGUGAUCAUUCCUCUGCUAUGGAACUUCCAGCCAAGGAAAUCUAUGUCGAUCGUCAAUUCUUUGGAGAAGAAGAGAAUGAUUUUGCUGGCAGUAUCAUGAACAAUGGCACCCGCAAGUUCGAAACUUAUGUCGCACAAGGUGUUCUUCUCAACAACUAUGCUAACAUCUUUGGUUUGAUUAUGCAAAUGCGUCAAGUUGCGGAUCACCCCGAUUUGAUUCUGAAGAAGAAUGGUGAAGGUGGUCAGAAUAUUCUUGUCUGCUGCAUCUGUGACGAGACUGCUGAAGAGGCAAUCCGAUCCGCUUGCAAGCAUGACUUCUGUCGAGAAUGCGCCAAGAAUUAUCUUCACGCUUCAGAUGCGCCUGAUUGCCCAACUUGCCACAUCCCUCUCAGUAUCGAUCUCGAGCAACCUGAUAUCGAGCAAGAUGAGCAAUUGGUCAAGAAGUCCUCAAUCAUCAACCGAAUCAAGAUGGAGAACUGGACCUCAUCCUCCAAGAUUGAAGCUCUUGUUCAUGAUCUUCACGAACUUCGAUCGAAGAAUAUGUCCCACAAGUCAAUCAUAUUCUCCCAGUUCACCACUAUGCUUCAGCUUGUCGAGUGGCGUCUUCGUCGUGCUGGAAUUACAACUGUCAUGCUUGAUGGUUCUAUGACACCUGCUCAACGUCAAGCUUCCAUCAACCAUUUCAUGACCAACGUCAACGUGGAGUGUUUCCUGGUGUCCUUGAAGGCGGGCGGUGUUGCCCUCAACUUGACCGAAGCAUCCAAAGUGUUCAUUGUCGACCCUUGGUGGAAUCCUGCUGCUGAAUGGCAGUCUGCUGAUAGAUGUCAUCGUAUUGGACAAGCUAGACCAUGUUCGAUUACCAGAUUGUGUAUUGAAGAUUCUGUCGAGUCUAGAAUGGUAUUAUUGCAGGAGAAGAAGGCAAACAUGAUCAAUUCGACGAUCAAUGCCGAUGAGAGUGCGAUGGAGAGUUUGACUCCGGAGGAUAUGCAGUUCUUGUUCCGUGGAACUUAAUUGGAGCUCGUUAUGGUUGGGGAAAAACGAGUGGAGUGGAGUGGCUUUUUGCGUCGAUGAGCUUUUUUGAGGCUUUUAUGCCUGAUGAUAUGAUUGCGGGGGUUGGAGUUUGGGAAAAUACCUACUGCUUUUUUCAUUGCGGAGACAGCACUGAUAUGGGGUACAGUGCGAGUGAGGAAUGGUUCUCCUAGAAUAUGCUAGGCUAAGUCUCAAAACGUGGUAGAUGGCUUUCAUACACAAAACACAGAUAUUUGCAC